CCAAAAUGGCUGCGGCUGGAGGAGGCGACUCUGAGGGAAGCGGGAAUGGUGGGCCAGAAGGCAGCCCCCUUGGGUUGGAAGACGAGGCCGGGCCGGAUGCGGAGCCUGACUCCGAAGUGUUUUCGUGCGCGGCUCAUUGUUCCGAGUUGGCCUGGAGGCAGAACGAACAGCGGCGGCUGGGCCUCUUCUGUGAUGUCACGCUGGCCUUCGGCGGCGGCGGCAAUGGCGGGGAGGGGGACGCGGGCGGGGCUCGCCUUUCCGGCGACGACCCGCCCCCCCGCGAGUUCCGCGCGCACCGCUCGGUCCUGGCAGCCGCCACCGAGUACUUCGCGCCUCUCCUUUCAGGGGACUUCGCCGAGUCCCGCUCGGGUCGCGUGGAGCUGCGUAAAUGGAAUUCGGAGGCUGGGCCCGAUCCAGAGACGGUGGAAACCGUCAUCAGCUUCAUGUAUACAGGGCGAGCCCGUGUCAGUCCCGGCAACGUCCACGAGGUUCUGGAGCUGGCUGACAGGUUUUUAUUGAUACGUUUAAAAGAGUUCUGUGGAGAAUUUCUCAAGAAGAAACUAACUCUCUCCAACUCUGUGGCUAUCCAUAGUUUGGCUCACAUGUACUCCUUGAACCAGCUGGCUCUAAAAGCUGCAGAUAUGAUCAGGAGGAAUUUCUACAAAGUCAUCCAAGAUGAGGAAUUCUACACUCUCCCAUUCCACCUCAUCAGAGACUGGCUUUCAGACUUAGAAAUCACAGUGGAUUCAGAAGAAGUUCUUUUUGAGAUGGUCUUAAAGUGGGUUCAGAGGAGUCCUGAUGAAAGAGAGGAGUACUUUGGGGAACUCUUUAAACUUCUCCGACUGUCUCAGAUGAAACCCACUUACUUGACUCGCCAUGUCAAAUCUGAAAGGCUAGUAUCAAGCAAUGAAGCUUGCCUCAAACUUGUGUCAGAAGCAGUGGAAAGCCAUGCUCUCAGGGCUGAGAAUGUGCAGUUAGGCACCUUUCAACAAGUCACUUCACCUGUAACUUUGCUGCCUCGUUUUGGACAAAAUAUGGAUGUUAUUAUGGUAAUUGGUGGCGUGUCUGAGGGAGGUGACUACUUGAGUGAAUGUGUAGGGUAUUUCAUUGAUGAAGAUAGGUGGGUGAAUUUGCCACAUAUACACAAUCACCUUGAUGGACAUGCUGUUGCAGUGACAGAAUCCUAUGUUUAUGUAGCAGGCUCCAUGGAGCCUGGCUUUGCCAAGACUAUGGAAAGGUACAACCCAAAUCGAAAUGUAUGGGAGCAAGUUUCCAAUCUAAUAAUUAGGAAACAUUCCUUUGGUCUUGCUGAGGUAAAUGGGAGCAUAUACAGCAUUGGAGGGCAUGGGAAUUUUAGCCCUGGCUUUAAAGAAGUAGCUGUCUAUCAUCCAGACCAAGAUAAAUGGCAAAAUUUAGAGUCGGCGCCAAAGAUACUUCGGGAUGUCAAAGUGAUCACUAUAGAUGACAGAUUUGUUUACAUGGCUGCUCGCACACCAGUGGACGGAGAAACGGAAGAUGGUUUAAGGGCUGUCAUCAUCCGAUAUGAUGCAGAUGCAAGACAGUGGCAGGAUACAGAGUCUCUGCCACUCCUUGACAAUUAUUGCUGCUUCCAAAUGGCUGUGGCCAACACCAAUUUUUAUCACACAGCCUCAUGUUGUCCCAGAAGCUACCCCAUGGAUCAUGAAGAGGCCAAGAGGAAGAUUUCUGGCCAGGUGUCUGAUGAUAUUCUGGAAAGCUUGCCCCCGGAGGUUCUUAGCAUUGAAGGGGCAGCCAUAUGCUAUUACAAAGAUGAUGUGUUCAUCAUAGGUGGGUGGAAGAACAGCGAUGAUAUAGACAAACAGUACAGGAAAGAGGCUUACCGCUACUGUGCUGAGAGGAAGCGCUGGCUGCUGCUUCCUCCCAUGCCCCAACCUCGCUGUCGGGCAACAGCUUCUCAUGUGAGAAUCCCUUUCCGGUCCUUGCAUGGUACCCAGCGAUAUCCAAUGCCGCAAAAUUUAAUGUGGCAGAAGGACCGGAUUCGACAAAUGCAGGAGAUACACCGUCAUUCCUUAAGCUUGAGGAGGAUGCCACGGUCUCAGAUAGAGUGCUAACGUGAAUAAAUUGAGUUUGAGAAAGGCCUGUUUGUGUUGCCGUGUGGUCCCCUAAUCAUAACCUAAACCAUUUGCUAAAGCACUGGGUUAGUAAAGGAGGUUGGCCUUCUGGGUGUUAAACAGUUUGCCAGGAUUGCCAGCACCUCAGGAGAAGUUAAUGUAUUUUAGCCAUAGUAUAUGGUAGGCACACUUAGCAAACUGCUGGAGUCUUUAAUCCCUCCAUUAAAAUACAUAUAUAGAACAAAAGUCAGAGGAAGAAUUGCUCUGGCUAUCUGUAGACAUGUGAAGAAAAAGUCUGGGGGUUUUGUGCAGCCCAACUGACCCCUUUUCCAGGAUGACCCAUUUAUUCCAGUGAGACGAAAGAAUUUGUCUGUAAUAUGAGGUUUUAUUUUACUUCUUUUAAUACAUGUGUUUAGCAACAACAAAAAAUUAAUUUAACACAUCCAUAUUGUGGAAAAUCUUGUAACACUACUCCAGGCUUUGUUUUAUUUUAAGGCUUUUAUUUUGUUUUUCAGGUAGUAUGAAUAUGCUUAAUUUUCUGACACUUGCAGCCAUGUGCAAUAGUUUAAAAUAUGAGUAAAGCACAAUCUCUUGCUAACUUCAGCAUGUUCCUAUGCGUAUAAAUAUUUUAUAGUUGUGUUUAUCUAGUGAUAUUAGAGUUUACUUAAAGGUUAUUAAUGAAAAUGGAUUUCAACAGUUGGAUCAUCCUCAGUCCUAUAUUAAAUGGUUUUUGAGUCAUUGAGGGAUCUGCUGUAAUUUUUGGAAGCUUCUGUUACUACUUUGGAGUAAGUCCAUUAACUUCAGUGAAAUGGAUAUUAUGUAAAUGGAUCAGGAUUGUGGCCUUAAAUAAAUUAGUGAAAAGACCAAAUAGAUCAACUCUACAAACCCAAAUUCAUAAUCUGAAAAUUAGGAGUUCAUCAAUGCAGGGAGAAAGUGGAAUGAACUUCUAGAAAAUAGGUGUAUGAGUUUGGGGGAGGGAGUGACUGCAUGUGUCUUCAGGCAGGUAAUUGAGAAAAUCUGAUUUGAAAGAUUUCCACCCAAUCUGCCUUUGACAAUCAAAUCUUUUUACCUUCAUAAUAUACCAUUCCUUUCCCUGACUGUUUUGAGUCUUUGACACUUUGGCUGAAGUGAAAGAAUUUCAGCUUGUGUGUAGUUUCUGACAGUAAGGGUUACUGUCUCUUCAGUGUCUUAUUUUCUGUCAGCAGACAAUUAAACUAAAUGGUUGUAACACAAGACUUCUUGAGAAUAGUAGAAGUUACCCACUGCUUUCCCUUCUCUCAAAAAGAAAGACUUUGACUUUCUAAAGGGUACUUUUGAUUUGUAAAAGGUGAAAGUAGGUCAAAAGUCUUUUUAUUCAAAGUAUGGAACUUCAGAAAAUUCUUCCUCAGGCAUACAAAUUGCACAGUCAGGAAUUGUGUGAAAUGCAGAAUCCUGUACCAGCAAGCCAUAUGACAAAACACUUCAUUUUUCUUUACAUAUGGAUCCCAAGGGAGAAAGUUUACAAUGAUGGUCUCCUGACAAAAUGCAUAGCUGUCCAAAGCAGUUGUCUUGCAGUAUGGCCAAGGAACCACUCCUUUUCUCUUUCCCCCUUCUCCCGCAAGCAUACUUUGGUAGAGUUUUCUUGCCCCUACUGCUGGCUGAUACAGAAUGUUCUUGGGAUUUAUUCUUGGUUCUUGGUACCACAGCCUUCUAAUAAGAACUAUUGUAACAAGAUGUAGUCCUCCCCUUUCCAUUGUAGCAUUCUCACUUUAUAGUAAGAUGUGCAGAAGCUGAAGGGGAAUAGUUAAUGGCAACCAAGCCCUGACUAGUAACCGCGUAGCUUUUGUGAAAUGGACUUCUUAGAAUAAAAUCAGCCUGUCUUUGCCUAGUCAGUAAGAGCUUUCUAUGAAGAGUUCCAGUUAUUUCACCUUGACCAGUCUUCCUACACUUUCCCCUACCUUAACUGGUCCAAAUUUAUUUGAGGACUUAAGAGCAUUUCAAUGGAAGAAUGAGAAAUUGGUGUGAAAGGUCUGCCUUGGCCAAGAUUAUUAUGAAAGUUAAUGGCAACAUGGUUGUUUGAAUAGCAAGAAGCAGUGUCUUAACAUUUGGAAAAUGUUUGUCAAAUUGUCCUAUUAAAAAAAAGUCCUGUCUUUAUUUAAAUACAGAUUCCUCAGUAGUUACAGUUAACAAAAAGCCUGAAAUGUUACAAACAGGAGGGGCCAAACAAAUUUGUAGAGUUUACAUAAGGCAAAGAAAAGGAAGAAAAGAAAGUCAUUGCAGCAACUGUCACUAUAUAAUAAUUUAAAAAUCAGUUUUAACCAAUAUAUUAAGAAGAAAAUGUGUUGCUUCAGUUCGUGUUUAAAGUAUAUAGAUUGGGCUAAGUUUAGUGAGGGAUUUUUAACAGAAAUUGUCUUUGGGUUCAGUGUGCAAAUGAAAGGGAGCCGUUUCUUUGAAAAGUUGCCAGUAUAGGUAGGAUGGGAUGAUAACUUUAUCUAGUACCAUAAUUUUCCAGAUCUUUGAGUACCAGGGUGAAAUAGUAGGGAGGAUUCCCCCCCCCCCCAUUUUUGAGCUGUGUGUAACUUGGCAGCCACCAAAAGUGAGUUUAUAAGUUCUUGCCUAAUUGGAGGAAUCUGUUUAUCAUCUGUAUUUGGCUUGAAGGGGAAUAGAGUAUCCGCGUAUUCUUUUGAACAUGUUAUCUAAGUUCCAAAAUUAAUUAAGUUCCAAAAAUGCUGAAUUUUGUAAAAAGCUGCCAGGUAUGAUAGAAGAUACUUGUUUCCCCAGAUUUUCUCCAGCACAAAGAUGAAUAUAUUUUGUGAAUUGUUACAACUUUUGAGGAGUCAGAUACCAUUACAUCAUGUUUUUAAAAGAAAAUUCCCUUAUAUUAAAGGAAGCAGAGGAGAAAGGACUAGUCCCUGUAUGAGAGCAUACUUUAGUAUCAAAAGACAAGCAAAUGUUUCUUCCCCAUUUAUAUACAUUACUGGGGGCCAUGCACCAAGAAUAUGUCCCCAAUAUAGAAUAGAUUUAGUUUUAUGUAGAUGAGUAGGGUUAUUUAUUAUCUUCUCAAACUGUGUUACCUCCCUUGUAAUUUGCUUUUUAAUACCUGGGGUAUUUAUGAAAUGUUGCUAUCGAAAGACAUUUGGAAACCAAGGGAGUUGAUCAGAUGAAAGUUUUUGCUGUAUAGUUUAUUUUAGUAAUAUUAUCCAUUUUGUAGUCACAUGACAUAUUUGUGGAUUAUACAUCUUCCAAAUAGAAAAAGAACCCUAUUCUCUGCCUGGAGGGGAUCAGUUUUGUUCCAAAAAAGUUUAUGCUAGAGAUAUUACUGGAGUUACUUUCUCCUGCCAUUUAUCCCAAAUAUUGAGAGUAGCCUUCAAAGGGGGAUUAUUUAAUACAUCUUUGGGAAGAUGUUAAUCUUACAACCUUUUUUGUUUUGAGAAAGAAAUGAUAUCUUAAGGACUUUCUAUUCUUAUUUUUCCUAUUUAGCCAGAAGCCUUAAUUAAUGUCUCUGAUAUGAGGGUAAGUCUUAAUUGCAUGGGUGUGCUCAGGUUUCUUGACUUGCAUUUCUUCCCCUACUACCACCUUUUGCUAGAUUUAUUUUCUUUUGGCUUGGAAACUAGUGUGCAUUAAAUAACUGUCUUUCUAUAAAAUUCAGACUAAUGCAUUCUUGUAAAACAAAGUCACAAGAUCCCAGCAGUGUCCAUUUGUCUGGCAUCAGGAUAGUCUGUGUACCAGUUUAUUUAUGGUGAAGGUAGAUGCUUUGCAAAGCUAGCAUUAAUCUGUUGAAAACUCGUGGACUUAGGUCAGAGUUAAAACAGACAAUUCAAAGUAACAGGAAUGAAUGAAUCUGUGGAUUUAUUUUUAUUACACAUUGUAUUGUGAAGUUUGGGGUCAUUUGGCCCUAAUUUUUGCUUUUCUCCUUUUUAAUGUAUUUUUAACUGUAUUUACCCAAUCACACUGCAACAACCCAGUUUCUUUAAAGAAAAUGCCUAAGUUUGUAAUAAUUUAUCCCCAAUUUAUCGAGUUAGACUUAAGUACAGUGUCACUUGGCAGUUGAUAUGUUACAUACAGGCUGGCUAUUUGCCAGUCCUAGUUCAACUAAUGAAACUAAAAUCUGAAACUAUAUUGAUGUUGCCUAGUGAUAGUUUAAUGUCCUUUUACUUCUCCAAAUAACUUCAUUACUGACUUGGAUGUCAAGAUAUAGUGCUUAGAUAGCAUCUCAUGUCAUUCUUCCUAAGUGAGGGGUUGACCAGAAGGAUAAUAUCAAGGCUCUCAUUUGAGAAAAGGUUCUCAUUCCACUGCUGCUCUGUUUAUCAUCUGGAGGGGAGAUUUUGUUUGAUCUAGGACUGAACAAUGUAAUAACUUUUAGUCACAUCAGUCUGUAAGGGAGCCUCUAUUCAGAUAUUUUUAUUAGGUGUCUGUUCUUAGAAUAAUAAUUUUUUUCCUCUAAAGAACCACCUUCAUUAUUGCCCACAUCUAUAGCUUUCUCUGUCAUCUGGUAAUUCAGGGUAAUACUUUAAAAAAAAAGUGUUGUGGGGGGAGUUAGUUGAUUAAUUUUGGAGAGUCCCCAAACCAGUUUACAAUAUUAAAACAUUCACCAAAUCAUUAAUCAGUGCCUACCAGUCUUGAACUUCUGCUAAGUUUAGAAUUUAAAAUAAAGGUUAGGUUUGUUACAACUUUGUGAUCAUCCAUAUUGAUCUAUUAGUACAAGCUGAAGAUGAUGGCUGGAAAGACUCUCAGCUUAACAGAAAGUUGAUUCCCCCAAAUGUGUAAGCAGGGUAUAUGUUUCCCACCAUCACCGCCCCUCCCAGUUUGUCUGCCUUUUUAGCAGCCACCCAAAGAUGCUUCCUCUUGAGUAAGUAGGUGAGGCAGAGCAACUGGAGAGACCCAGCCAUUGAUAGAUAAAUCUCUCACCCCAAGCCAGUACAAACCAUUAACAGAGGUGCUGAUCAAAUGAAAUAUGUAAAGUCAAUUAUGGAUAUGCAUCUGGGGAAACUUAGUGUUUUAACUGGAUUUCUAAUUGUUUUUCUGAGGUUGUUCAAUGUUCUGUCAAGUGUUGCAGCCUUAGAAUUAACAGGAUUUUUUCUGGUGAAAGUUUGACUAAAAUCAGUUUAAGUUUGUAAAGUAGGCAUGGUCCAACAUGUGUCUGUAGUUGAAAUGCAACACAAGUUUUGAGACCUUUCAACAGCUAUAUCUGGCCUGUGGUGCAAAAUGUGAUUGGUUGGUAGUAUCCACAAAUGAGUAAAUCUGUUGGCUAUUGAUAGUCUUCUUACAAACUGACUGGUAAGCUUUGCUUUUUAAAAACAAAUUCUGUCAUCUUGGAAAUGCUUGUGAAUGCCAAUCGCUUAUAGCAAACAGUCUUGUCACGCCACAAGUUGUGUCAAAUGUUGGGAUCUCUUAAUAUAAAUGUUGGGUGUUUGUUAGGACACUAACCUGCUCCCACUUCUGAGUCUCUCACACAGCUGUUAUGAUGCAUGUUUAAUCACAUGACUUCUUGACAAAGCACUUGGUAGAUGUAGUGUUGAAAGACAUUGCUAGUUGAGUUGUCACCCAGCAAAUGGAAAUCCUUAAAAGGGCCAUCCAAGGUGUGCCCAUCCCACACCUGGGGGGAGGUGCAACUCUACGCUGCAUUCCUAAGCACAGUACCAAGGAAGUCCCACUGGAAUCAGUGGGGCAUGUCUGAACAAACAUGGUCGCUCAUUGUAGGAGUCAUGCUGCUUCUAGCAAAAUACCUCAGAAUUGCAGGUGACAAGUUGCAGGGCAUGCAGAGGUACUAGCUGCCAAGCAACGUAGGUGACCAUCAUCCCCCUUUGAAAAGCUGUUCUGAUCCUCUGUUGUGAUGCAUGCUUUGCACGCUGCUGCCUUCUCCUUUGUGGCGUUAAUGAAAUUGAAUAAUUUUUGACAGCUCUUGAGCCGACUUUAUAAUUGUCUGUAGGUUACAUAGAUUUGCAUAUAAUCUUCCCAUUACAAGAGUCAAGCUCUUGUCUUUGUGUUCGUGUGUGCCCAGUUCGGCUUGCCCCUUAGUCUUUAAAAGCAACAGAUAUGUUGAUGUAGCCUCUGCUGCUAACAUUGCCAUAAAGAACUUCUGUUGCUGUAAAGGUAACAGCAACAAAAACACAGAUUACCAAAAAGAUAUAAAAUGCUGAUGUUUGCAGUGCGUUACAUAGGCUGUUAUCAGCAUGCCACUGGUAUGAUAGCCAGCUGUCUUGUAGUGUCACUCCAUUGACUUUUAGAGCUGAACUCGUAUUGUCAUCUCGGUCUGUUUUCCGCCUCUUCCUUCUGUAAUUCUGGGACUCUUGCCUUAAGGCAGCAUCCUAGUUAUGCGGCACUUUGCUGUUAUAGCUCCUUCCCCCCACUAAAUCCCAAUAAAGUGACAUGUUGUAGCACUAAAAGUUAGAUGGCAGCUCUAAGAAUUUCUUUUGGAUCAGGGAACUUGAAAGGCAGCACAUGUUCUAUUCCUCAUCCUGCCCCCAGUUGGUUUUGCUUCUCUCUAAGUGGAGCUAAGUCAGCUUUGUUGACUGAAAUGCAGAUUUUUCUCCUUCCAUGUAGAGUUCUUUUGAAGCCAAGGAUGUCCAUAAAGUCUUAUUUAAAAUGUUUGCUAUUCAAUAUAUGCUGUACUACGGUUCUGUCACUCUAAAUCUGACUUCAAUAAACCUUUUAUUUCUCUAU